UUAUUCGUUUGGGUUUGAUAGAAGCUGACUGGUUGAAAGCGUUGUUCAAGAAACUUUGUUAUUUUAUUUUCUUUAAUAUGAGUUCUGACCUGAAUUGGUAUUUGUGUGAUUUUUAACUUGAAUAUUGGUAGUUUAUGUAUCUAAUUAUCUAUCUUCACAUGUAUUUGGUAUCUGCUUUGUUGAUUUUUGAAGCAUCUAGUGGGUUUUUAUGGUACUUUAACUCACAAUUGGUGACCACCCCAUUUUCUAUUUCUUCAUAGGUUCAGACGUUCUUGUGCUCUUAAUGUUUCCACAUGGAAGAUGUAUUCUGUGAAACUAAUGAAGCCUUAGUUGUGUUCCUUUUUCAAUAGGUUGUUGGAGUCUUGGAGAUUUAGCUUAUGCCUGUAUUUAGUGGAUGGUUUGUUUUACUCGGUGCUUUCUUUUCUUUUUUAAUGUUCUUUUUGGCUGGUGGUCGCAUGCUGAUCUUAAGUGUGAUUUCACUAGUUCUGGAGCAUUUUUUCCCCUCGACAGGAUUUCACUCAAAGUAACUGAAUCAAAAUACAUAAAUUUUGCUUUUGCUGCUGUUUCUGAUUUUUAAAAAAGGAACUUCUGAUGUUGGAGAGCUUCUUGCAAGCAAAUUUACUGUUCAAUAAUGGCACCAAAUCCCAGAGUUACGAAGGCCUUUCGUGCAAUGAAGGCUAUCGGAAUAACUGAAAAUAAGGUGAAACCAGUUUUAAAAAGGCUUUUGAAAUUAUAUGAUAAGAAUUGGGAACUAAUUGAAGAAGAAAAUUAUAGAGUUCUUGCUGAUGCCAUAUUUGAUGAGGAUGAUUCUCAGGUACCAGAGGAUAAGGAGAAUGCUAAUGGAGAGAAUUUUGGUGAAGAACCUGAGGUGCAUGAUGAACCUGAGCGGCCAUUAAAACGAUUGCGAUUAAGAGGCCAAGAAGGGCAGCCUUCUUCAUCUCUUAAUAACUCCAGUCCUGGGGUGGGUGGACCUUCAUUAAAGAAGCCUAAAUUGGAGAAUGAAGAGCCGCUAGGCAAACAUUCUUUGCCGCAAUCACAAGACAUGAGAAAGUCACAACCUGGACCUGUUUCACCCCAGAAUCAUACUAGAAACAUGGGAAAGCAACCAGCAUCACCUAUCCAUUUGGGAGCAAAUGCAAGCUCUAAUGCAUCUUCGGAAAGAACUUUGCCUUCUGAUUCUCAGUCGCCUCAGGUGCGGCAUUCAUACAAAGGAAAAGAACCAUUAAUACCACAGGUUUCUCCCAGAGAGAAGAGACCUAUUAUGGAGAGACCGUCUCAUGCAGUGCGGUUCAAAGAUCCUGUAAUGGAUCCAGGCAGUGUACGAUUGCCCAAACAAAAGGCACCUGAUUCUCAUGCUUUGAUCAUUCCUAAAGAUGAGCCAUUUACUGAUGACUUUCCUCCUGAUAACUUACCGUGUUAUGAGGCUCCUAUUGCAGUUAUCCGACCAGAUUCGUCUGGAAAAGGAGAUAAUGUAGUUAGAAGUGUUUCAACAGGAAAGCCAGAUGAUCAGGACCCUCGAGCAUCCCAUUUUGGAGCAGAAGAAGAUAGAAGUGAUAACAUUCCAGUUUCAUCAAAUGAGACAAGAACCAAUUCUGAACUUGCAGCUGUUCUAGAGGAAUCUCCAGCUAAUCUAGAGAUUGCCUCCUCAUCAUUGGGAGAGGUGAAGAUUUCUUUGAGCUGCAACUCUAUGAUUGGAAGACCAAAUUUUCAUAUGCCUAGUCAAGAUGAACUUCUGAAAUCAAUGCAGGAGAAAUGUCUCCGGUCAUAUAAAAUUUUAGAUCCUAACUUUUCUGUCAUGCAAAUGCUGAAAGAUAUGUGUGAGUGCUUCCUGGAUUUGGCAACUGAUUCCUCUCAUGAAUCGCAGGAAAGUUUACCGAAUGUAUCACCAACUGUCAGUGCUUUGAAGAGAUCAACUGCUUGCAGUGCUUUGGGUCUUGGGGGCAUUGGAGGAAGUAAUUGUAUGCCAGUCAAAUUUUCAAAUGGUUCAGUUGAUAUCCAUGGCUUUUAUGAGAUGGCUGCACAUCAAUUUCCAAAGCAGCUACAACCUUUCAGUGAGGACACAGAAAACAACAGAGGAAUAGAAUUGAGAGAUUCGGAAUCACGUAGUUUAGUGGUCGUUCCACAGCAUGAGUUCACUUCUGAGGAGCUAAGAUCUCUUAUUGACUUCAAUGACAUAACCAAGGGAGAAGAACUAAUUGAAAUCUCAUGGUUAAAUGAAAUCAACAAUGACUGCCCUUCAUCUUUUUACUACAUAACUCAGAACCUUGUUUAUCAAAAUGCUCUUGUGAAAUUCACUCUUGCUCAAAUUAAGGUUGAAGAUUGCUGUCCUACCUGUAUUGGGGAUUGCCUUUCCUCAAGCACAGUUUGUGUUUGCGCCAGUGAAACUGGGGACCAGUUUGCAUACACAUCAGAAGGCCUCAUCAGGGAGGAUUUCUUAGAAGACUGUAUCUCUAUGACCCGUGAUCCUCCGCGACAAUGCCUUUCCUACUGUAAAGCUUGCCCUCUUGAAAGGUCAAAAAAUGACGAAAUCUUAGAACCAUGCAAGGGUCACUUGAAGAGGAAAUACAUAAAAGAAUGUUGGAGUAAAUGUGCGUGCCAUAAGCGUUGUGGCAAUCGAGUUGUACAGCGAGGUAUAAGGUGCAAAUUGCAGGUUUUCUUUACACCCGAAGGAAAGGGAUGGGGUCUUAGAACCCUAGAAAAGCUGCCAAAAGGGGCAUUUGUGUGUGAGUUCAUCGGAGAAAUACUAACCAAUAAAGAGUUGCAUGAAAGGAACACGCAAAGGACAAGAGGCAACAGUGGUGAUCGGCAUACUUAUCCAGUUAUACUGGAUGCAUAUUGGUGCUUGAAAGGAGCUUUGAAGGAGGAAGAAGCUCUUUGUUUGGAUGCAUCCUUUUACGGGAAUGUUGCUAGGUUUAUCAAUCAUAGAUGCCUUGAUGCAAAUCUGAUCGAGAUCCCGGUUAAGAUGGAGACCCCUGAUCAUCAUUAUUAUCAUCUUGCCUUCUUCACAACAAGAGAAGUGAAUGCCUUGGAAGAGCUAACUUGGGAUUAUGGUAUCGACUUCGAUGACAAUGAUCAUCCGGUUGAGCUGUUCCGGUGCCUAUGUGGUAGCAAGUUCUGCAGGAACAUGAAACGUCCAAGUAGUAAGGUCUAAGUCUGCAUUAAGAUGAUCAGAUAAACAGUGGUUCUAAUGUUUUGCAAAAUGAUCUCUCCCUUGUUGAGGAGGAAAAGUUUAUGGAGUGGAUUUUGCUUAACCUCUAUUGGUUCUAGUAACUUUAUUAUGAACUCGCGCACACGGGUAUUCUGUAAGACCUGGGCGCCAUUUUGCACUGCAACCUAAAUCUGUAAGGAAUAUAUGUACAUAAACAGAAAUCAUAUUGCCCGUUGAUGUAUUUGGUCCCCUUUUUCUUUUUGGUUUAGGAUGAGGGAGGGGAAAGUUGGAUUUUGAAAAGUUAGUUUUAUGCUCCUUUCUUCUGUCUUUGCCUUGUAAUGAAUGAUAAAUGGAAGACCCAAGUUAUGCUGCGAAUAGCAGUACUUCUUUAAACACUUCAGAUAUGCUGAAAGGCAAAUGGCUAUUUUGGGGAUUUGAAUGAAAGGUUCACAAAUUGAAUUU